CCGCGAAGAGGGGGAACAUUAUGGCGACGUUGGGACCGGAGUCGGCUCGUACUCCUCAUUCCCAGCUCGGUUCUUCUCCUUCGAUCCAGUCUCACCUCGGCAGCGCCAACCUGCCUCCCAACCGCGGCUUGGAGCGGGCGCUGGAGGAGGCGGCGGCCAGCGGCGCUCUCAACCUCAGCUCCCGAAAACUAAAGGAGUUUCCCCGGACAGCAGCCAACCACGACCUGACGGAUACGGUGGAGGCAGAUCUGUCAAAGAACCGGCUCGCCGAUGUCCCCACAGAGGUCUGCCAUCUGGUUGCCUUGGAGACACUAAACCUGUACCACAACUGCAUUAGGACCAUCCCAGACAACAUGAUCAGCCUGCAGUCACUCACUUCCUUAAACCUCAGUCGUAACCAGCUGGGCUCUCUGCCGGCCUGUCUGUGUGGUUUACCUCUGAGAGUCCUCAACGCCAGCAACAACAAGCUGGUCAGCCUGCCUGAGACCAUCGGACAGCUGCACAGCCUCAUGGAGCUGGACAUCAGCUGCAAUGAGAUCACAGCUCUUCCUCGUCACAUCGGCAGACUCAAAGCUCUGCGAGAGUUAAACGUACGCCGAAACCUUCUCUGCGUCCUGCCAGAAGACUUGGCUGAUCUGCCUCUGGUGAAGUUCGACUUCUCCUGUAACAAAGUGUCGACCAUCCCCGUGUGUUACAGGACCAUGAAACAGCUCCAGUCCCUCCAGUUAGAAAACAACCCACUGCAGAGCCCACCUGCACAGAUCUGUAUAAAGGGGAAAGUUCACAUAUUCAAGUACCUGAGCAUCGAGGCGUGUCGCAGUGAGAAGAUGCCCGACUCUCUCUACCUGCCUGUCAUGGAAAGACUCAGCCUAUCACGGCCCACCACCGGCAGUGUGGAGGACAUGGAGCAGCAGAAGAAGCAGGACAGCGACUCAGGAGUCGGCAGCGACAACGGAGACAAAAGACUGUCUGCUACUGAGCCGUCAGAUGAAGACAGUCUGAGUCUGAACGUACCCAUGAGCCACAUCACAGAGGAGGACGGAAUCAGUAAAGACGACUCCAGUGAACACAUCAGCUCCCUGACAGCGGACCCAAACUCCGACUCAGUCCGUCUGAUUGAGGAGAGCCCUACGGAAGCCCUAAAGGACCAGUUCAGCUACAGAGACUCUACUCUCAGCACUCGCUUCAUCAACUACAUCAAGGGGCGGACAGCAGCAGACUUUGACGAGCCCCUCAGGAUAGAAGAAGACUCACACUGGCCAACAGAACAAAGGUCAAAAGUUACAGGGGGCACAGAGCUCCACAUCGACAUGAUCAACCAGCUGAAGGAAGCUGUGGAGCUGCUGCAGGACCCCAGCAGAGUCAACAUGGAGCAGGACGAUCUGUCUGGAGUGCAGCUCUACCCAGUGGAGAUGGUCACAGUGGAUGAGUCACUCAACGGGCAGGACAGUGAUGAAGGCGCCACAACACCAAAGCGACAUGACAGAUCUCCAGCCAGUGCACUUCCAUCCCUCUCCGGCCCGCCGUUUGGACUGAAGCCUCGUUCAGCCCCCCCCUCGCUGCCUUGCUCGCCCCCUCCUUCCUGUCUCGACCCCUCCCUCCUCUCACAGGCCUCACCCCUCCAUAGAGAUACACAUCGUAGCCAUGACGACGGAGGCAUUCACAGCCACGGCGUGUUCCUGCGGAGCCACAAGAGUCUGGAGUCUGUGGAUCCUCAGUUCACCAUGAGGAGAAAGAUGGAGCAGCUGCGAGAGGAGCUGGAGCUCAUGGAGCAGCUCAGAGACAGCAUCGAGAGCAGACUGAAGGUGGUUCUUCCUGAAGACCUCGGCUCGUCUCUGAUGGACGGUGUCGUGCUCUGCCAUCUGGCCAACCACAUUCGCCCGCGAUCUGUCGCCAGCAUUCACGUUCCCUCACCUGCAGUGCCCAAACUCAGCAUGGCCAAGUGUCGGAGAAAUGUGGAGAACUUCCUGGACGCGUGCAGGAAGAUAGGAGUGCCAGAGGACAGACUGUGUCUUCCUCACCACAUCCUGGAGGAGAAAGGCAUGGUGAAGGUGUGCGUCACGGUCCAGGCCCUGGUGGACGAGUUCUCCUCCUGACGUGAGCGGCGGAGGACGGGCGGAGCUUCCGCUAACUGACACGUAUAACAAACACACACAUGGAUCAACACGCUGACUCGAUUUCACACGACGCUACAUCACACCUCUGUGGUCAUUCUGCAUCCUCUCUAGCAACACAGUGUUUUUAUAUUCACACAUGCAGCAUUGUUUUAAGGGAACUAAACUCCUAAAAGUGGACUGACUUACUCAUUCAGAAAUGGGAACAUAAUCAUGGAUUAAUAACUUAAUAUAACAGCAAGCAGACAGAUUGAUGGAAGAGCCAAAUAUUUGACAGCUGAUUUCUUCUUUUGUGUGUCAGCUGAAGGACAUAAACACACCUCCACAGUUAUUACCUUAUCAUUUAACUUUGAUUCCUUUUUUUUUUUCUUUAGAUAUUCUUACACUGGUUGGUACCAGGGCCACUGCGUGUGCGUCUGUGUGUGUGUGUGUGUGUGUGUGUGUGUGUGUGUGUGUGUGUGUGUGUGUGUGUGUGUGUGUGUGUGUGUGUGUGUGUGUGUGUGUGUGUGUGUGUGUGUGUGUGUGUGUGUGUGUGUCUGUCUGUCUGUCUGUCUGUCUGUCUGUCUGUCUGUCUGUCUGUCUGUCUGUCUGUCUGUCUGUCUGUCUGUCUGUC